UUCAACAAACAGCACAAACCUCCAUAGUUUUCUCUUUAUUAUUUUUUUUAGCCACAUUCAAAACAUUCAUCAUCACCUUGUCCCCCUCUAGAAUUUUUUGAUACUAUUAACAACUAAAAAAACCCUAUUACUUUUCCACUUUGCCUUUUUCUUAGCAAAAAGCAUCUUAAUCUUAAUCUUAAUCUUAAUAAUAAGUGUGUGUUAAAUUCUCACUAUUUUCUUUUUCAUUUUUGCUUCUUGUGGGUGAAACCACCUCCAACACUAUGUUUCAUUUUGCUUGUCAUUAGCAAAACCAUCUUCAAUAUUACAAAGGCUCUUAGCUUAAUAGUAUUAGUGGAGUUCUCUAAGUAUAAAUAAGUGUGAAUUUAAUUUUCAUUGUUGUCUUUUUCUAUUUUGAUAUUCAUUAAUACCUUUAUAUAACACAAAGAACUUGAGAAAAAAAAAGAAAAAAGAUCACCCUACCUAACCCUUAAAAAUCAUUGUUUUUUUUUUCUUUGUUUCUUUUUGCCCCUUUUCUUGGUAACUUGUCUUUUGAUCAUAGCUAAAAUACACAUGCCCAUGACAAUCUUUUUCUCACUAGUCCAAAACUUCUCUUCUUUUCUUAAGAGUUGAGUACCCCCCACCCCCCCCCCCCACCCCCCCCCCCCACCCCACCCCCUCACCCCAACCCCCACCAUUUUGAAUUUGGAGUAGUAGUAGAAAACAAGUUACUACUACUCCCAUAUUCUUGAUUCUUGAUCCUUUUUCGAUCACUACCUACAAACCCUAUAUAGAAUUCCACUUUUGUCUCAUUUUUGUUUGUUCCUUUGUUCUUUGUUCUCACAUACAAUGAAACAAGGACAACCACCACCACCACCACAACAACAACCUUUUGCUGCUCUUCCAAGAACAAGCAGUUGCAAAAGCUCCAAGAAAAUCAUCCCAGCUAAUAACAACAACAACAUUACUUAUCCACGUUCUUAUUCUUCAGCCAGUCGUGAUUAUUCACCUGACGAUAAAUCUCUCGUUCCAAAAAAUGGAUCAAACAAUCUCAAUCGAACCAAAACUCGUAUUGGAGUUUCAUCUCUCCUCAGAUCACUUAUCAGCAUCAUCUCAUUCCCUGCAGUAGUACUCCCUACUUGUCGAUGGCUCAACAUCCCUUCGCAGUUCUCAUUCACUCCAUCACUGGGCCGGAAAGUCACUGGAACUUUAUUUGGUCAUCGCAGAGGCCAUGUUAGCUUCGCAGUACAAGAUGAUCCCAAGUCUGAUCCUGUUCUUCUCAUCGAGCUAGCGAUAUCUACUUCAUCUUUAGUUAAAGAAAUGUCCUCUGGCCUUGUUAGGAUCGCGUUAGAAUGUGAGAAAACAGCACCAGCAGGAGCAUCAGGACGGAGGCGUAGUGUGGGACUGUUUGAAGAGCCAAUGUGGACGAUGUACUGUAAUGGGAGGAAGUGUGGAUAUGCUACAUUGAGAGAAUGUACAGAAUCAGACUGGCAUGUGUUGAGUACAGUGCAAAGUGUGUCUGUUGGGGCUGGAGUUAUACCAGUGGUGACUGAUGGUAGGAAAAACAGUGAGGGGACAGAAGGGGAGUUGUUGUAUAUGAGAGCAAAGUUUGAAAGAGUUGUAGGGAGUCGUGACUCAGAAGCUUUUUAUAUGAUGAAUCCUGAUGGUAAUGGAGGACCUGAACUCAGUAUUUUUCUCCUCAGGAUAUGAAGGGAUCCUCAGAGUAACUGAUAGAGCUGUUGCCACGUGAUCAGGUGGUCAUGGGUUCGAGCCGUGGAAACUAAUAGCCUCUUGCAGAGAUGUCAGGUAAGGCUCCAUGCGUACGAUAAACCCUUGUCAGGCAGGAGCUUUAGUGAACCCGACUUUUUUUUUUUUUUUUUCAAAAUAGGAUAUGAAAAAAAGAAGGUAGAAGAAAGAAAUUUGAUAUGGGAAUUAAAGAAGAGAUAAAGGUGAAAUGAUAGUGUUUUAUGUAUAUUUUUUUUUUGAGUAUUUUGUUUUGAUUUUAUAUAUAUAGUGUGUUUAAUUAGGUAUAUGUAAUGUUUUUCUUUUAGUGAUUUUUGUACUUUUUUUGGGUUAAGUUUUCUAUAUGUAUGUAUAUUGCAUGAUCAUAUGGAUGCUUUCAUCUUCAUUUUCUCUUUUUAAUUUACUUUAUGAUGGGAUGAAUAGAGUUUGUCCACCAUUAGUAAAAUUUGAAACGGAGUCUCGGAGUAAUCAAUAAAAAUUGAUGUCACGUGAUCACUGGGUGGUCACGGUUCAAGCCGUGAAAAUAGCCUCUUUUAGAAAUCUAUAAUAAGGCUGUAUGCAUACAAUAAAUUAAAUCCUAAUGGUUUGAUUCUUCUCAAACCCUGCUCAUGAUAGGAAUUUUAGUGAACCAGACUAUUUUUUUUAG